GGCUGAGACAGGGAGUAGAGAGCGCGGAGUUAAGAAUGCAGUUGUCACUUUUUCGCCAUGCUUCGAGAUGCGUGAGGGGAGCUAGGGCUUACUCGAGUGGGGGGGAGGGAGAGGUGAGGGACGUGGUGGUGAUAGGUGGUGGUCCUGGUGGAUACGUGGCGGCGAUCAAGGCGGCUCAGUUGGGAAUGAGCGUUACGUGUAUUGAGAAGAGGGGGACGUUGGGUGGGACGUGUUUGAACGUUGGGUGCAUUCCGUCCAAGUCGUUGUUGCAAAGUUCGCACAUGUACGAGCACAUGAAGCAUUACGCGGCGUCUAGGGGGGUGAUAUGCGACAACCCGAGGUUUGACUUGAAGGCGAUGAUGAAGACGAAGGAGGAUGGCGUGAGGACGUUGUGCGGAGGGGUGGAACAGUUGUUCGCCAAGAACAAGGUGAGAUACGUGAAGGGGAGGGGGAGGUUUAGGUCGCCCACGGAGGUGGAGGUGUUGGGUGAGGGGGAAGUGGUGAAGGAGGUGGUGAGGGGGAGGAACGUGAUCAUUGCGUCGGGUUCGGAGCCGACGCCGUUGAAGGGGGUUGAAGUGAAUGAGAGGAACAUCGUGACGUCGACUGGCGCGUUGAGUUUGGAGAAGGUGCCGAGGAGGAUGGUGGUGAUAGGGGGUGGAGUGAUAGGGCUCGAGUUGGGGUCGGUGUGGUCGAGGCUUGGAGCGGAGGUGACGGUGGUGGAGUACGCGGAGGUCAUAUGCGCGAACGCGGAUUUGGAGAUGUCGAAGCAGUUCAAGACGAUUUUAGAGAAGCAGAAUUUGAGGUUCAAGAUGAGGAUGGCGGUGCAGAGGGCGGUGAGUCAGGAGGACGGAACGGUGAGGGUUGAAUUGAGCGAGGUGAAGUCAGAGAGGAAGGAGACUGUGGAGGCGGACGUAGUGCUGGUUGCGGUUGGGAGGAGGCCAUACACGACGGGGUUGGGUACAGAAAAUAUUCAAUUGAAGAUGAAAGAUUUGAUGAUUGAGACGGAUGAACACUUCCGAACGAAUGUACCGAACGUUUAUGCGAUAGGAGACGUCAUUAAGGGGCCGAUGUUGGCGCACAAAGCCGAGGAGGAGGGGAUAGCGGUGGUGGAAUACUUGCACUCAGGCGUGGGUCACGUCAACUACGACGCGAUUCCGUCUGUUGUCUACACGAGUCCUGAGCUCGCGUGGGUAGGACAGACUGAGGGGCAGCUUAGUGCGAAGGGUAUCAAGUACAAGGUUGGGAAGUUUCAGCUGAAGGCGAACUCUCGCGCGCGCACCAACGGGCUUACGGACGGGUUUGUCAAGUUCUUGGCCGAUGCGGAGACAGACCGACUGUUGGGCGUGCACAUGUUGGGCGAGUGUGCGGGAGAGCUGAUAGCGGGUCCCGUGUUCGCGAUGGAGUACGGUGCAUCGAGCGAGGACGUGGCGAGGACGUGCCACGCGCAUCCGACGAUAUCUGAAGCGAUUAAGGAAGCGGCGAUGGCUACCUGCAGCAAGCCGAUUCAUCAAUAGUCAGCGACAAGGGGAGCAUGUUGUACGCCGUGGGAGAAAAAAAAAAGAAAAAAAAAAAAA